CCUAAGGACCUGAACACAUGCUAGACGGAGCCGAACACCCGGUUCACCAUAUGCUAAGCAAAGCUAAAUCGUAGAACCCCCCCCUGUUCACGCAGAUAGAGUUAGACGCCAGGGCGUUCCCACCUGCAGUUUCCGGUAAUAAAUCUAACUCAAAACUUAAUGAGCGGGGAUUGGCGGGGAUUCCAGCCAACGCCGUUACCUCGUAUGUUAGAGGCCUCGGAACGACGAUGACCACCCCUGGAGCUGGUGGCUGAUGCUGACAGGAUGAAGCAUGUUGCGUAAACUUGUUUUCUAAAAUAUCUUGUUUUUAAUACUCUGUAGCUAACCUUAGUAAUUAUCUCUUAUUACACACUAACUACUUCACUACUUCACUACUUCACCCAAGAGCAAAUGGGUUUAAUACCAAAAUGCUGUCGCCUUUCUCUGCGCUUCAACUGCGCUGGAAACAGCUGCCUGCCAUUCACAAAAUCUUAGUCACAUCUGCUUUCUUAUUGUUCGCAAUUGUCAUAUGUGUUCAACCUACUCCUGAAGUUGCUCGCGAUGGAUGGAAUCACCUCACCCAAUCCGCUGGCGCAAAUGGCAUGGGAUCUGGUCCUCUGGCAGGUGGAAUUCCCCUUCGCGUCAUGUUUAUUGGCGCCUCGAUGACCUUAGGCGAACACUCAACCGGGGAGGUGGGCUACCGGAAGCAGAUUCGUGACUGGCUUGUCUCUAGAGGCAACCCAGUCAACUAUGUCGGUCAGAAUCGAUACGGUGACUUUAAAGACAAUGAUGUUCAAGCAUUUGGUGCCCAACCAAUCAAACCUACCCUCGAGCGUCUAAAAGAAAUCGUGCCACAGGUCCAGCCGAACUUAUUCCUAAUCAAUGCUGGCUCUAGCGAUUGCUUUCAAUCAAAUUGGGGACCUGCGUACAUCCUACAAUCCAUGCGCGAACUCGUCGAUGUCCUCUUCGAAGAGUCACCGCAAGCUACAGUCAUCAUGUCAACCAUUAUAACAAGCCCGUGGGAUGGUGUAGAACGAUGUGUCAAGAGCGCUAAUGCGCAGAUACGUCAAGUAGCCACCGAUUUGAUCCGCGAAGGAAAGCCCGUGACGUUGGCGGAAAUGCAUUUCGAUCAAGGCUUGCCGAAUCGCGUUGAGCGUGAGGAUAUCGGACCUGAUGACAUGCAUCCUACUGAUAUUGGCUACUUCAAAAUGGGUGAUAUCUUCAUGGAAAAGAUUGUGGAAGUUGAUAAGAAUGGCUGGUUGCAGCCCCCCGUGGAAAACGGCAUUCCUGAUGAUGGAGAAGCUGCUCGAGAUGUUGAGGAUGCGAUCAAGGCGACGGAUGACAUGGCGAAAGCGAAGGAAGACACCGCAAGCAAGCCUUCCAACGGAAGGAAGCAUAGGAGGAGUGACAUGUUCAAUGAGCGGCCCGGAAGUGUGUAAUUAUGGGAUAACGAAUUCAUCAGCAAUCACUAAUCAAGCUCGUCCCAAAGACUAUCCUCGCUAAGAUAUAUUUAUAUAAAGGCAGCAACUAUUCGUUCGGAAAUGCGACAUUAUAAUAACCAAACGGCCUCUCCAAACUUACUAGGUACCUACCUAACCUAGGGGAUAUACGGGUGACUACCCUAGGUAGUUGUCGAAUUAUUGCGUAAAGGCUGUCAUCCGCCUCUAUGAGCAAUACCUGAUGAUUGAUGUGGGAUCUAAUUUUUAUCUUUCUGGUAUACAGGGGGGGUAGAAGGACGGUGGAAUGAAACGGGAAUCGUCAUCCAUAAUAGAAGGGGUAUAUUCCCCAAUGGAGGCCCAGGAGAUCUCUUCUUUUCUUCUUUUUUUAACAAAUGGUACUUCAUAAGUACAAAUCACUUCUUGUAGGUACAGUAGGCACCUGCCUAUUCUCCUGUUCUUUUACUGUCGAAAACUACCUCAUCAUAGAGUUUCCCAUAUGGCAAGGUUAACCAUUGUGGACUACAAUAGGGGGUGGUACAAUAGUAUACAUUCAGGAUAGAGAGUCUGGUGCAAGGUUCCCAUGAGUCAAAA